AUGUUGAUUAAAAUGAUCGGAGAUGCGAAGGAAGAUGCAGCAGAUGAGAUGCAGUUGAACCUGGCAGUGAAUGAACAGAAGGAGAAAAUUACAGAAAAAGUCAUUCUUUCAAUGACAGCAAAGGAACUCCAUAAGGCACAAGAAGAAGUGAGCAGACUGAUUGAUGAAUUGCAGACAGCUAUCAAAAGCAACAGAGGUCAUCUCUCUAAACUUGGCCCCCAAUUACAGGCUGAGCAGGAGCAAUUCUCCUCUUAUAUCUACCAACACAUUAAAAGCCUUCCAGCAAACACUUUUAUCCCAGGAGGACUGCAGCUCAAGGUAUUUGAAAAUGGUAAAGACACUGGAGAGACCUCUGUUUAUAUCAGUAAAAAAGAUUUGGGUUCUAAUAGCCCAACUCAAACUGGAAAUAUGGAGAGAAGUAGAGACAGUUUAUUGCAGAUGUUCACAUUUUGGGUGAUUUCUUCUCCUUCAUUUCCCCCCGCCCCCCGGCCCCAUCAGUUACUUCUCAAGAUUCAUCAAAAGCUUCAAGGGUCUUCCAUCAGCCCACCAGGCCUCAAUUUUUCUUCAAUCCAGCUUUUUGAUGAGCAUGGUCAAGAAAUUAAGAAUCCACUUUCACUGGAGAACAAGCAAAAAAUUUGGGUCUCUUAUGGUAAAGCAUACAGAUCUCCAUUAAUCCCUGUUUUGGGUUUGACCUUUGACCAAGUGACUGUGUUUGACAGAGGUGGCAUCACAGUUGCAUAUAAGACCUUUUUGGAUCCUAAUGCUGUUCUACUACACGGAUGUGACAAUUGGGAAAUUUGUGAGGGAUUUCCAAUUAAUUUCAACUGCACCAAUCAACAGAUACCUAAUCAAUUUGAAAAAGUGGACUUGGGGAACCAUUUCCUACAGAACAAGGUGGAUCCCAACGUUGUUCUUCAUGCCUCUGUUUCUAUUGGAAAGCGGAGUUCCUCAAGUAGUGAGGGUGGGAGCAGUGAGAGUCAGAUUGCACCAUCGACCCUGUGGCCUGCAGCCAGUGUGUGGCUGAUCACAAAGACUGGAAUGAUCCUGAGCCGCGCAAUAACUCAGGGCUGCCUAGCUAUUGGUCAUCCGAUAAGAGUCAAGACCGCUGAGGGAACAUCAAUGGAAGGAUAUAAAUUAAUCCUACAGAAAAGACACAAAGGAGAUGAGUCUCAGAAGUGGGUGUUUGGAACUGAUGGCUGUAUUUAUUCAAAGAAACCAGAUGCAAAAGAAUACACACUGUAUGAUUCCAGUUAUUUACAGUUUGAAGAUUUACAGUUUGAGCAAAACGACAAAUCUAUUGUAUUAGAAGUCAGGAGAGUGGCUAUGCCUGAAGUGGGUUAG